UUCUCUGUCCGAGAUCUUGAUCUUGGAUCGAUGUCUAGCAUCGUGGACAUCUGACUUUACAAGGAGAUUCCUUCUCCUUUCGAGGCAUAAGGCGCCAAUUCAAUUUUUCUCUCCACGCCUUACAAUUAUAUCACGACAGUAUAUCACGAUAUAAUAUUAAAAUGGAGUCCAGUAAAUCUGAGUCCACCCCGAAAGCUAUGGUAUACAUUUGUGGAGAAUGUCAUCACGAUAAUGAGAUUCGUGCCAAAAAUCCAAUUCGAUGCAGAGAAUGUGGAUAUAGGAUCAUGUACAAGAAGCGUACAAAAAGACGUAUGUUUUUUAAUGUUUUCGACUUAACACGAUUGACAUUUUUUUAA